CAUUGCUGAGCCUGAGGUCAGCUUAUAUUAUUAUAUUUCUCUUAGAAAAUGCCUUUAAAUUAAUGGGAAAUUUUCCUCACCGUUUAUUCUUCGAAUAAUACGGGGUAAGAUCGUUUCCAUGGAGUUUCACACUCUCAAAAAUACCCAUUUGAACAUUCAACUUACUGCGCCACAAUUUACGUUUUCGUGAGAACGAAAAAGACAAAUAUACGGCGAUGGCAUUUUCCAGAAAACCCAUUACUAUAGAUUCCUCGGUUUUUAUAUUUUAAUAAUUGUAUGACCAUAGCCCACCAUUUACUUGUCAAAUUGAUUCAAUAAAAAAUAGGUUAGAAUAAUCUUGGUAUAUGGGACCUUUUCUUGACCAUAGGCUGGUUAAGAUUGAAGUUUGUAUCUGUCCCACCUGGUGUUGGCUUUGUCCAGGGAGGUUUUUGGGUUGAUGAUUGCUGAUAAAGAGUCUCAUAUUUUGGUUGGUUGUGAGAGCCAGGGAGAUUACCAUAUUUUCUCGUAAGCAGAAAGGUUGUCUUGUUUUAGGUCAAAAUUGUUGGAGGACACUUUUUCAUUAUAGUUUGCAAGUUUGAAAGUUAGUUGGGUUAUUGGCGUUCUUCACGUUAUUGGAGUCUUCACUUCUUCUUGAGUGAAAUUCAAUCUCUAGUUUUCGAGGAAUUUGAUUUGACAAAGUUUGAGUUUUUCGUGAUUGUUUGAUGUGUAGUGGAUUCUUGUGGUUGAAGGUUUUUUAGGUAGUAAAUACUAGUUCUGUUUGAAGGGAGCUUUCAUUUUCUUGUUUCUGUUAGUAUGUUCAUUGAUGGAAAUAAGGGAAACUCCGCUAAUGAUUCUUCCUUGAAGCCGGGAAAUAUUGAACAGAAUCAAAACUCAUUUCAAACUCCAACGCUUCCAAGGAGCGAGGGGGAGAAGAAUUUCAUGGACAUGGAAGGAAGGGGGCUUUCAGACUUGUAUAGAGAUCCCAGCGAGGAGUUGUUUCUGAGAUCUUAUAUGGAGAGCUUGCCUGGACCAAACAUGGAUAUGUUGGGCUUUAAGAACCUAUCUCAAAACCUUCGUGCAGAUAGUGAGGAGCUCUUCAAAAGCUGGCUCACAAAUGGAGAGAAUAAUGGCUAUAACUCACCAAGCAUUGCACUUCGUACUCGACAAGGAUCAAGGAGGAUAUCCACCGAACUAGCCACUUUGUCGUCUCAGCAACAAUCUGGUGUGCUUCAAAAGAGGAAAAGCAAUGAUAUUUUAUACCCACAGAAUAAUGCCAUGGCCGAUGAUAUCCCAGGCAAUGUCAACGAUCACUCGAUCAGGAAUGCAACUGAAAGGGGAGUACAAGCUAGUGAGCUUUAUCUGGCUAAGGUGUGGUUUCAUAGUUCUCAACCAAUGACAAGAAGCCGAUCCUCUGAAUUGCGGAGGAGGUAUGCUGCCAUGCAAAAUGUUCAGACACCUGUAGGUUUGGAAGGCCUGCACGAUAUUUCUGCAAAUGGUGCCAAUGCAAUGAAACAAGAAUUCGCAUAUUCAAAUGUAUUUAGUGACCCUUCCAUGUGUGAGAUGCCCAAUCAAUUGGACACAUUCAUGUCUCCAUCUAAUUCAUCCUCAUCUACCUUUAAUACUCAACCGAACGACAUGGAUAAAAUUUCUUCUGUUGUGAGCAUGCUAAAGGGAACGUUAGAACGCAAGAAGCGUAGCAACCAGAUUGAGAAAGAAGUUUUAGAGGAUGAUAGCUCUAAUGGGCUUUUUCCUAUUCCAGAAGUUAUAGUCAACACUAACUUCCAUCAAGCACAAAGGAAUCAAAUUCAUGAAAAACCGCCAACUUUUUAUGAAGUAUCUCCUCUCCAAAUUAAGGAUCAUGGAGUUAUACAUACAGUUGAUGGAUCAAUGGAUCUUGAACUGGAAGGUUUUGUUAAUUCAAACCCGAUUCAAUCGAGCAGAGUUUCUCAAGAACCUUCCCAAAGUGAAUCUUCUGCAGCUGCACCAGUAGUUUCAUCGGGCAUUGAUGCAUGUGAUGGUCCCAGUAACUCGAGCCAAACUCUAGGUGCUUGUGAGAGUUCAAGGAAACAAACUAGAAACAGGAGAACAGAAACUGGCUCUAGAGCUAAAGAUAUUAGAGAACGGAUAAUUGACAAUUUGAAAGAUGAUCGAAAGAGGGCAACUCUUGUCCGACAUGGAUCUGUGACAUCAGCUGUUUCAGUUAUCAAGGAGGAUGCAACAAAAAAACGUAGGGUGGAGCGGUCAAGAAAAAUGGCUGAGGCAAAGGAAAGGAACUUAACUCCAGCUAUUCCAUCAGAUAUGCAAUCUGUCUUGAAGCGGUGUGAAACUCUUGAGAAGGAAGUUCGAUCCCUCAAACUUAACUUAUCCUUUAUGAAUAGGAAGGAUUCUGAGCAGACCAAACAAAUUGAGGAUCUCCAAAAGCAGAACGAGGACUUGUUGGAAGAAAAAGAAUGCCUCAUAGAAGAGAUCAAGAGGAUGAUCUCAGAACCUGGGAAUAUUUGAACAUUAUUCUGGUUGUGCUUGUACUCGUCCCCUUCAGCAAUAUAAUUUGGGUUUAAGCAGCAAAAUUUUGGCUAACAUUCAAAGAAAUUUCAAGGACCCAAAUUCAGGUACAAACAGAAAAAUGCAGUCUUGGUUACAAAUAAGGAAGUGUUGAGGCCCUUGAUGUUUUAGUAAAGCAGAAUUGGCCAAUUUGCUGAAUUGAAUUGUAUGAAUUUAUGAAAAUGUUUAUUAACCAGCAUAUAUGUCUAUGGUAAGUCAGAAAGCAAUUUAGCUUGUAAAUUGUAGUUGGAGAGAGUGAGGUAAAGCAAAAUGCAUUUAUUACAAUACACUAGUAUCCAUACUCUGGGCACAAGCUCUGAUAUAUUGUCUUGCAAGAUGAUUGUACCUACUUUUGGGUAACAAGAUGGUUGUACUUUCACCUCAUCGUAUUGGAGCAAGAUUAUGAAUAUAAAAUAU